CCAGGGUGUCCGGUUUGCGAGUAUCUGCACAACUAAGUUGGGUAGGAAAAGUACCUCCAUUGUCCUGAUAGAAGGGCACCUAUCUCAUCGACUCGUGCCUGCCGAACCUGCGCAUUUGGUGGAACGACAAGAGCAAGGGAGGCGGCUGCCGGCUUUGCCAGAAACCACCAUGCUGCUACCGAAUUUGUGACUGCGGCCACCCAAUCUUCCUGAAGGGACAUAGCCAUGUCUCCAGACGGUCCCAGCAGCAUCCGUGUCUUCAUCCAUUGGCACGACCAGACCGUCUUCGCCGGCGAGGAAGUCAGGUGUACCAUCACUUUCAAGAACGUAGCUCGGCCUCCCGGCUCUGCUCCCAGUCAAUUCAAGUCCUCGCCGCAACAGUCCCGACAUCUCAAUUCCAACCACCACCCGACUUCUCCCCUCCAUGCCCAGAGCCGAACGAAAUCUCCGGCUGGCCUGGCCCCGCCCCCCGCCGCCCGGGGCCACCGAUCGAGCCUUUCCUUGACGGUUCCAUCCGCCGCUGCCACCUCGCGAGCUCGGGCCGGAUCCAUUCCGUGGCCCGCCCAAAACCCUUCAGACGACCGUUCCGGAAACGUGCGUGGUGGCGGACACGGCCACAGGCGAUCCGUCUCCAUUGUCUCAAUUGGGUCUGCCAGCGCAGCGGGGGAUGGACAAAGCAAUGCAGCACCGGGGAAGCCACAGCGGCCUACUCGGGGUCAUGCGCGGGCAUCAAGCCUACAGAUUGUUCCUCGUGGAGGCCCCGCGAGUGGACCUCGAUCCGCACCGCAUUCGCAUCGAACCUUCGCCGCGCAGCCCUCGCCGCUCUUCAACUCUUCAUUCCCACCAAACCGGAACUCCUUCUCGGGCGGCCCUUCAUGGGCUGCUACUGUGCCGAAUACACCGAGAACCGGGGCGUCAAUGUCGUCCCCUACACCUGGUCCUAAUGCCUUGUCGGACUUCAAGUUUCCCAUGGCUCAACCGGCGCCGUCAGAAACCCAGGAAGGGGGCUCGAAGCCGGGCGACGACUCUCUGAGGAGUCCCACGUCCGGCUGUGAGGACCCUCCCACCUUCACCGUGAGACCGAAGGAUCCGGUGCCCGUGAUCAACGAACAUAGCUCUGCGCCAGCGGCGCGCAUCCUCUCGACGACCAGCAUUGCAGGGACGCCAAGGAGUAGCGGGGAGUUUUAUUCAUUGAGCAACAAUUCGACAGAGACUUUGGCAUCAGAAUAUGUCGCCCAGCAGCCCUUGCGUGGUCAAGGCCGGUCGCCACAUUCACGGCGAACCUCAAAUCUGUCCAAUCAGACUUCUGCGCGGUUGCCAGAAACGUUGAUGAUGGGCUACGCUCAGAUCCAGGGAUCUUUCACUUUGGACGGAUCACUUGUGAACCUGGGACCGUUCGACCAGGUCAAGAGGAAGGCGGUAGUAGGUGGACAAGGAGGUGGAGUUAUUGGCAUCGAGACUUCACGGCGAGACAGUGGUCUUUUGAGAAGUCUCGGAUGGGGAAACUUUACGACCUCCAUCGGCGAGCUCCUGGGCAGCAGCGAGCUCAGUACCAUCAAGGAGAUGCGCGGCGUCGCGAGCUCCAAAUCCGUCCCCUUGCUGUCUACACCACAAUCCAUAUUGUUUGUGGACCUCAAAUUAGCACCGGGGGAGAGUAGGACCUACGAGUAUUCCUUCAAGUUGCCGAAGGGGUUACCGCCAACUCACCGUGGGAGGGCGAUGAAGAUAUCAUACAGUCUUGUCAUCGGCACACAACGGCCCGGCGGUGUCAAAGAACAGCAGGUGAAAUCAGUUGACGUACCCUUCCGAGUGCUCGGCAGCGUCAACAGCCAUGGCGAGAUUCUGGGCCACGACCUCAUGUCUCCUUACAUUAUCUUGCAAGACCAGGCAUCGGUCCGUGUUAUCACCAAGACCCAUCAUAGUCACGACGCUAGGACGGGGCGGGCACCUGCUAUGGUUCCCUCAACGAUGAACUCUUUCCUCUCGUAUGUCGACGAACUCAUGGUUCGCACCCGGGAAGAUCCCGGCUUGGGGCUUCUCUCGCCGACGGGUAUGCCGUCAUCGCGUCGGCCGUCGGCCUACUCUGCAUUCGAAGAUGCCUCCGCUGGUGCACAAACUGCUAAGGAGGCCAUCGACUUGGCCAUACUACGCGCCAACAUGACUGCGGAGGGGCAGCAAUCAUCGAAUCGCUUCGAAAUCGCCCGAAACGGGCGUCGCCUCGGAGUCGUCAUGCUCGCCCGACCGGCGUACCGCCUGGGCGAGGCAAUCACCAUGGCGGUGGACUUCUCUGGAGCCGAGAUCCAGUGCUUCGCAGUCCAUGCUGCCCUCGAGACCGCAGAGCGCGUAGACCCCAGCCUCGCGUUGAGGUCAGAGGCAAGCGUGCACAGGGUCACGCGGAAGAUCCACGUCAGCAGCUCCGAGGCGACUCUGUACGCGCGGCGCAUCGUCUUCAACCCCACCAUUCCCGUCACCGCGACCCCGGAGUUCGUCACCAGUGGCGUCAGCUUGGAGUGGAAGAUCAGGCUGGAGUUUGUGGUGCCGGCCCAGGACGACCGGGACCUGGACAGGGAUAGGGACGAGGAUGGCGACGAGGGCAGGGGCUACGGGCAGCAGCGGCCGCCUGGGAACCACCUGGGGCCGCAGGCACACUCGGGCCCCCACCCGCUGCUGGAGGAGAUCUCGCGGGACGACCGCGGUGGCUUAGUCCUCGUCGCGGCCGAGAACCUCGCCUGCGAGAGCUUCGAAGUCGCGGUCCCGCUGCGAGUGUAUGGCGCAGUGUGCGCGGGCCUCGAGCGUCUCGAGAGGGAUGUCGCCGUCGAGGAGGGACUCGUCGUGUAGAUGGCGGGGCCGAGUGGUAAGGCACCGGCUCUGUUGGAUUGGCUUGGUGGGGAACGGUAUAUAUUCAUAUAUAGAAGUGAUAAUAUGUGGUAGACGCCCUUAUCUUCGGUCUGUGGCUGCUAAUAUCUGAAUCAUAAUCAGCAUUGGCUGUAGAACUUUCAGUCAGGGGUAUUUCUAGGUCCUAAGAUUGUGGUGAUUUUCUCAAGCAUGGCAGUUGUUGGAAUGAUACCAGCUAGGUAUCUCAUAAAUUAUACAAGUGGG